AUGGGUGCCCUGAAAAUACCCCAAGCUAGAAUGUAUUGGGCUAAACAUACUGCAGUUGUGCCACUUGUUUGUGAAAGUAUGAAGCGGGAUAGAUUUUUUGAAGUUAGAAGCAAUCUUCAUUUUGUCGACGACAAUGACAGUGUUGAUAAAACGGAUAAAUUGUGGAAAGUUCGUCCAAUGCUAGAUACAGUUCAGAAAGCCUGUCUAGAACUUCCAAAAUCAAAUCAUCUGUCAAUAGACGAACAAAUGAUCCCAUUUUCGGGGAAAUGUGUUGCAAGACAAUAUGUUCCGUCAAAGCCGAACCCUUUGGGACUAAAAAAUUUCAUACUUGCUUCUAAAGAUGGUUUAGUUUUAGAUUUUGUGAUCUAUCAAGGGAAAGGAACUGUUCCAGAGGAUGAUGUGAAAACUUUUGGUUUAGGUGGCGCUAUUGUCAAAAGACUUGUUGAAAGCAUAAAAAAUCCAAAUUAUCAACAAGUUAUUUACACCGAUAGGUACUUCACAGGAAUUAAGAUAGCUGAGUAUCUUCUGAGUAAAGAGAUUUAUUCUACGGGAACUGUGAUGAGUAAUCGGACUCAGUCUGGAGCACAGAAGUUUCCAAGUGAUAACACAAUGGUGCGAGGAGAUUACGUAGAAUUGUGCAGAUCCGAUGACAAAAUGACAGUUAAAUGGAAGGACAAGAAAACUGUUUUGAUGUUAUCAACUCUUUGUGGAAUUGAGCCAUCCGAUAAAUGCAGAAGAUGGAGUAAACCUGAUAACAAAAAGAUUGACGUACCUCGACCUGCAUGCGUACGAUUGUACAACACGUAUAUGGGUGGAAUUGAUUUACAAGAUAGGUUUAUCGCUCUGUAUCGCACAAGAUAUCUGGACCAACUAGAUCCUACCAGGACUAUCACCGAUUAUGACCAUCCCCGAACGCGACAACAAGAGAUGAAGACAGAAGAUUACACUGAGGACAGACUACAGAAGAAGACUGAUCCUAGUUACCCUGAGCUGGGAGCAGCCUCUGUAAUUCCUAUUUAUUUAAAUACCUUUUUGAUGGCUACUGCAUAUGAAAGGCCUGUUGUAGGCGUGCGAGAUUCAACCAGUUUUCUUGCGUCUGGAUAG